CCUACGCGGUUGCCGCAGCGCAGCUCCAGGGUGGCCUGUCACGCUACGUCAACAGCGGAGGCCCCGCGGCCGGGGUUUGCUCCAACGCUGCUGACGUAACGUUAUCGUGCGGGACGCAGACGGAAGAAAAAGGAGAAGGAGCGUGGGGCAGAAUCAGCUCCGCGGGAGUGCGGGCCGGGCGGCCUGGACCAAGCAGAUACUUGGAUUAGUGACCACCUCUCAGCAUGUUGAGUCAAGUUUACCACUCUAGGUUCCAGCCCUUCAACCAUCUCCUGCACUGGGUCAAGUCCACAGCUGUCUCCAGAUCUCAUCGUGUCCAGCCUCCAGCCAUCAGACAUGUUCGUUCUUGGAGCAACAUCCCCUUUAUCACUGUACCCCUCAGUCGUACCCAUGGCAAGUCCUUUGCCCACCGAAGUGAGCUGAAGCAUGCCAAGAGAAUCGUGGUGAAACUCGGCAGUGCUGUGGUGACCCGAGGGGAUGAGUGUGGCCUGGCACUGGGUCGCCUGGCGUCCAUUGUUGAGCAGGUAUCAGUGCUGCAGAAUCAGGGGCGAGAGAUGAUACUGGUAACUAGUGGAGCUGUAGCCUUUGGUAAGCAGCGCUUGCGCCAUGAGAUCCUUCUGUCUCAGAGUGUACGGCAGGCCCUCCACUCAGGGCAGAACCAACUGAAAGAGAUGGCAAUUCCAGUCUUGGAGGCACGAGCCUGUGCAGCUGCUGGACAGAGUGGGCUCAUGGCCUUGUAUGAGGCCAUGUUUACCCAGUACAGCAUCUGCGCUGCCCAGAUUUUGGUGACCAACUUGGAUUUCCACGAUGAGCAGAAGCGCCGGAACCUCAAUGGGACCCUUCAUGAGCUCCUCCGGAUGAACAUCGUCCCCAUUGUCAACACCAAUGAUGCUGUUGUCCCCCCAGCUGAGCCCAAUAGUGAUCUCCAGGGGGUAAAUGUUAUUAGUGUUAAAGAUAAUGAUAGCCUGGCUGCCCGCCUGGCCGUGGAAAUGAAAACUGACCUCUUGAUUGUUCUUUCAGAUGUAGAAGGCCUCUUUGACAGCCCUCCAGGGUCAGAUGAUGCAAAACUCAUUGAUAUAUUUUAUCCUGGAGACCAGCAGUCUGUGACAUUUGGAACCAAGUCUAGGGUGGGGAUGGGCGGCAUGGAAGCCAAGGUGAAAGCAGCCCUCUGGGCUUUGCAAGGUGGUACUUCUGUUGUUAUUGCCAAUGGAACCCACCCAAAGGUGUCUGGUCAUGUCAUCACUGACAUCGUGGAGGGAAAGAAAGUUGGCACCUUCUUUUCAGAAGUAAAGCCUGCAGGCCCGACGGUUGAGCAGCAGGGCGAAAUGGCUCGAUCUGGAGGAAGGACGUUGGCCACAUUAGAACCUGAGCAGAGAGCAGAAAUUAUCCAUCAUCUGGCAGAUCUUUUGACAGACCAGCGGGAUGAGAUCCUGUUAGCCAACAAAAAAGACCUGGAGGAGGCAGAGGGGAGACUUGCAGCCCCUCUGCUAAAGCGUUUAAGCCUUUCCACGUCUAAACUGAAUAGCCUGGCCAUCGGGCUGCGGCAGAUCGCAGCCUCCUCGCAGGACAGUGUGGGACGUGUUUUGCGCAGGACCCGAAUUGCCAAAAACCUGGAACUAGAGCAAGUGACAGUCCCAAUUGGCGUUCUGCUGGUGAUCUUUGAAUCUCGCCCUGACUGUCUACCCCAGGUGGCAGCCUUGGCUAUUGCAAGUGGUAAUGGCUUAUUACUCAAAGGAGGGAAGGAGGCUGCACACAGCAACCGGAUUCUCCAUCUCCUGACCCAGGAGGCCCUCUCAAUCCAUGGAGUCAAAGAGGCUGUACAGCUGGUGAAUACCAGAGAAGAAGUUGAAGAUCUUUGCCGCCUAGACAAAUUGAUAGAUCUGAUCAUUCCACGUGGCUCUUCCCAGCUGGUUAGAGACAUUCAGAAAGCUGCCAAGGGGAUUCCAGUGAUGGGACACAGUGAAGGGAUCUGCCACCUGUAUGUGGAUUCAGAGGCCAGUGUGGAUAAGGUCACAAGACUGGUCAGAGACUCGAAAUGUGAAUACCCAGCUGCCUGUAAUGCUUUGGAGACUUUGUUAAUCCACCGGGAUCUGCUGAGAACACCAUUAUUUGACCAGAUCAUUGAUAUGCUGAGGGUGGAGCAGGUGAAAAUUCACGCAGGGCCCAAGUUUGCCUCCUAUCUGACCUUCAGCCCUUCAGAAGUAAAGUCACUUCGAACAGAGUAUGGGGACCUGGAAUUGUGCAUUGAAGUGGUGGACAGCGUCCAGGAAGCCAUUGACCACAUCCACAAGUACGGCAGCUCCCACACGGAUGUCAUCGUCACAGAGAACGAAAAAACAGCAGAGUUCUUCCUCCAGCACGUAGAUAGUGCCUGUGUGUUCUGGAAUGCCAGCACCCGCUUCUCUGAUGGCUACCGUUUUGGACUAGGAGCUGAAGUGGGAAUCAGCACAUCACGAAUCCACGCCCGAGGACCAGUAGGCCUUGAAGGACUCCUAACUACUAAGUGGCUUCUUCGAGGGCAAGACCACGUGGUCUCAGACUUCUCAGAGCAUGGCAGUUUAAAGUAUCUUCACGAGAACCUCCCUGUUCCCCAGAGAAACACCAACUAAAAAGAGUCAGAAAACCCAGGAACAGUCCAAGAGGUUGUCACAGUUACUCUAGCCUUAAGAAUCUCAAGGGAGAAGCUAGAUCCUGUCUCCCAUUUUCUAGAAGGGUCUGCCUAUUGGAAAGUGCACCUAGGUGCUUCUGGGCUCAAUUUGGGACUCUGAAACUUAGCUAAUGUCCGUAUUUCCAUCCCACUCGUGUACUAAGGAAACAACUGCUACAGAUAUGGACUUGGCUCUGCCCAGUCCAGUUCCCUUCAGUGAUAGAAGCAGAGGUGCGGUUUCCCCCUGUGAACAGCAAGGAGAAACCCUGGUUGCUUUCCUCAGUGAGGUAAGGUCUCCCUUGGCAUGUGGUUGGUACUAGCACUAUCAUCCCUAAUCCGUCUUUUCACAUUUCCUUGCAUUUCUUCCACACAGUCAUCUUCAAAAAGGAAAACUUGGAAUUUUAGAAAAGGGGCAGCUCUUAUUUUUUGCUUUCUCAUCAGAAACAAGAUUAAAAUGGACUGGGAAAACUGGCCUUUUGUUAUGCAUUUGUGGAGUAGGUAAAUGAGCAUUGCAGACCCCUGCAAUCCAUCCCCUUCCUGGAGGUGCUCGGAGCCUGAUAGAGUGGAACCUGAGUGGCAGACAGGAAUUGCGAGUUUCGGGAUGUUCCCACCAAGCAAGAGGAGUAUCUACACCGAUUACGCUUGAAAUUUUUAUAUGAAUGAUUUUGUCAUCCUGUCCUUUUCCCAAAAAUGAAGAUUAGAGGAUUAUUUUAAUACUUUGGAUUCUUCCCUCUUUUUGAGAAAUAAAGUUCUUAUGAAAAGCC